AGAAAAAGGACAAGAGUUAAGAGAUGGGAAGAAGACAAAUUGUACUGCAUCUGAUCCGAUCUGAGAGACUUCGACUUUGAAAAGGUUACAAAGACAAUGCCGGUGAGGCUACCAUCUGAUUUGGAAGAAGAAAUCCUCUGUAGAGUUCCAUAUAGAUCUCUUGCAAGGUUCAGAUCUGUAUGCAAGCUCUGGAACAGUCUGAUUUUGGAGGAGAGACUCCUCCAGAAGAACUUGUCUCGUACAGACAGAUAUAGCGGUGAACAUCGGUUGAUAAUCAUACAUGGUGAAUAUAAUCUUUCUUCCGUGAGCAUUGAGGAGCAGAAAAACGUGGUUGAUCCUCUGUCUUUGAAGACCGAAAACCUUACCCUUAGAAGAAUUCGUCCAGACGGACCUAUUAGGGUGUACAAGAUUGUGCAUUGCGACGGUCUGUUGUUGUGUGUCAUGGACAACCAGCUUUUGGUUUGGAACCCGUUAUUAAAAGAAACGAGAUGGGUCAAAUGCGGCAGCGACUUUCACGAAUAUGAUGAUGCUUAUAGCCUUGGAUACCUCAGCCAUUGUGAUUACAGGAUAUUAAGGUUUCGAUGUGCUAGUAAUUCAAGAAAUAGACCUCCAAGAGUUGAGGUCUACCAACUCGCAACUAAGACAUGGAAGGUUAUAGAUAUGAUCAGUUUUGAUUGGGUCCUUAAAACACCGUUGUCUAUACUCUCUUUGAGAGGAACUCCUUAUUGGAUCGGUCUUCAGGAAGACCAUACGGCGUUCAUACAAAGCUUUGAUUUUUCUAAAGAAAGAUUUCAACCCAUUGAUCACCUACCAUUCAGGUAUGAUAAGUUGAAUCCUAUUGCACUGGAGAUAUUCAAAGGAGAUCGGCUUUCAGUAUUAGAGCAAUGUCACAAAACAAGGAAGAUAUGCAUAUGGGUGAAACAUUGGCGGCUCUCUUGGAGCAAGUUGAUGGUUGUGGGUAUACCACAAUUUCCGCUAUUAUAUCCACCUUUAUGUCACUCUCCAACACAUUAUUUUUUUGACAAAAGCAAUAGGCUCAUCAUAACUUCUAUUGACAUGCAUAACAAAAUAUCUAUUAAAGCAGUCAUCGACGACGGCAAGAACGAUUUCCAAACGAUCGAAGCAGGUAUUAUGGGACGUUAUUGGCCUUUUUCUUGCAACUACGUUCCUAGCUUAGUUAGGUGUCCUGGAUUUUUGAGCCAAGAUACGAGUCGGAUUCGAUGGAGAAGAAAUAGAUUCAACUAGUUUGUUUAGGUUGUUAUUUUAAUGGUUUUUGUGCUUUUUGUUGCUUACUUUUUACUUUGCACGACUGAGCCGUAUAUCUCUUUCAGUGAUAUUUUCUGACUUAUAGCUUUUUAAUCCUUCGUUUAAUUGAUACUUGUAUUAUUAAUUCAAGCAAACAAAAAGCUCAAAUCAAAGCAAACCGGAUGGAAGGUUGCGGAGUCACACCACAAUCUAUUACAAAUUUACAAUCGAUGUUAUAACACCCGAAGGCUUUUGGAGUCAAGAACAAGUUUUGGCUGAUAAUAAGCUUGUGGAUCGCUAUUUAUAGUUCGAAGAAUAUUUUCAAGGCUGCUGAGUCGACUAUAUAGGAGGAGGCAGCCAAAAAUAUAAACAAUGUUCGUUUUCAAAAUAGACUAUAUUUUGAACCAACGAUGGCCUCAUAGCUAAGACAGCGAUUGUAAAUUUAUAUCAUGAACUAUAAAUAGCGAUCCACAAGCUUAUUAUCCUAGGUCAGAACAAGUUGAUAGGAACCCUUUUACACCUCCAUGUCCCGCUCACCCAUUUUGCUAAAAGCCUAAAACAAUAGAUUAUUUACACGGUUUGGUUAAA